ACGUCACUUCCUACUGUAAUCGUAGGUUGGGUUGUUGUAGUUCCUGUGCAGCUGUCAACUCAAGACUGGUAGCUGUCUGAACCAGUCCAGAAGAUAAUUCGGAUACAUGUCUGAUUUUAGCAAUUAUAGCUAGCCUUUCACAGUCCUAUGCAUAUAAAGCCACUGUCAGACAUUAUUAGGACUGCGCUGAUAUUUCAAGGCCCGCAGAUCAUAGCACUUCACUCCGGACACUGAUUCACCCCACGGGACUCAGACAUGGAGGCUCACAGCUCAGAGCGACUGCUUUCAAGGAAGAGGAGGAAGGAGGGAUCCAAUGGAGAGGCGGAGGAGGGAGAGCGGCCAGGGAAGGCCCCACGCCUCACUGUGGGCCUGACAGACCCCGCCCCUUUCGCUGACCAGCUGGAGCCUGCAACCACACCCUACCAACGUGUCAGCAUGGAGGAGGCGCAGAGAGGCACCCCACUGGAUCGACCAGUGCGGGUGUAUGCCGAUGGGAUCUUUGACCUGUUCCACUCAGGACACGCUCGUGCUCUGAUGCAGGCCAAGGGGCUGUUCCCAAACACACACCUCAUCGUGGGCGUGUGCAGCGACGACCUGACGCACCAGUUCAAGGGCUUCACCGUCAUGAACGAGGACGAGCGCUACGAUGCGGUCAGCCACUGCCGCUACGUGGACGAAGUGGUGCGCAACGCACCCUGGACGCUCACGCCAGAGUUCCUCGCUGAACACCGGAUUGACUUUGUCGCCCACGAUGAUAUCCCAUACUCCUCUGCAGGGAGUGACGAUGUUUACAAGCACAUCAAGGAAGCGGGCAUGUUUGCCCCCACCCAGCGAACAGAGGGCAUCUCCACCUCUGACAUCAUCACACGCAUUGUCCGUGACUAUGACGUAUACGUACGACGCAACCUGCAGAGGGGCUAUACUGCCAAGGAGCUCAAUGUCAGCUUCAUAAAUGAGAAGAAGUACCACCUGCAGGAGCGUGUGGACAAGGUGAAGCGUAAGGUGCGCGACGUGGAGGAGCGCUCUAAGGAGUUUGUGCAGAAGGUGGAGGAGAAGAGCAUCGACCUCAUCCAGAAGUGGGAGGAGAAAUCCCGCGAGUUCAUCGGCAACUUCCUGCAGAUGUUUGGCCCAGAGGGGGCGCUGAAGCACAUGCUGAAGGAGGGUAAGGGCCGGAUGCUGCAGGCCAUCAGCCCCCGGCAGAGCCCCAACAGCAGCCCGACGCGGGACCGCUCCCCCUCCCCCACCUUCCGCCUGCCCUUCUUCAGCAAAACCUCCCCUCCCCCCUCCCCCCCGCACCACAGUGCCGCCCGCGGGUACACCAUCAGCGAGGACGAGGAGGACGAAGACUAAGACCCCCCCCCCACCCUUCCUUCUCGCUCACCGGUCUCCAGCGGUACUCCUCCUUUCUCGUUCUGGCUGUCCGUCUCCAUGGCAGGACGUGAAAAGGAGUCGCGGAGGUAAACUUGUGAAGGAAAGCCAGCUGUGAGUCCUGUGGUGAACAGGAGCAUGCCUCUCCACAUCCUGCAGUGAGGCGUAGGGGAAAUGGCCUACAAUCAUGGAGCUCUGAUUCGUGUGCAGUCUGCAUGUAUGUAUGUGUGUGUGUGUGUGUAGGGAUAUUGCCUUACCUUUAAGACAGGUGAUGAACUCAUCUGAAUGUUUUUGGUCGGGGUCAGAUGAUGACGGACGUGAAGCUGGGUGCUGCCCCCUUGUGGAGCAUGUAGUCCCGUGCGCCCCUUCCACUUCUCCCUUCUGCCACCCCUUUUUCUUGCGUCUCGCCGCCAGUAUCACACAAAUUCACUCAGUGCUCAUUCAUACAUGUCCUCACGCACACACACAUGCACGCAUGCAGGCACACA